CUCCUUGACUCCUGGCCAGAUGUUCCAUAUCACUUUGCUCAGCAGUGGGAAGACCAUGAAGCUCGUAUAAAUAGAGUAAAAGGCAAUGCGCAGGGGCAGGACAACUCAGUGGCUCUCGCACACCAGCAAGGGCAACACCACGCUUGUCGUUUCGACUCGUAUUUAUUUCUGCGUCUGUGAUCAGUCCAGGAGGCUUCACUGCGCUGGGAACAGAGAUGAAACUCGUCGUGUUGUGCGUCGUGGUCGUCCAGGUUCAUGCAGUGCUGCUCAUGGUCGAGGAAGAGCGCCGAGUAUCACCAACCCACCAUAUCUUCCGUCAAACAGAUCUCUGGAAUCCUGAAAAACAUCAAACGCUGUUUGCCCGAAGGGGACUCGCAGAAUAUGAAAGAUCACAAGCGAUGAAACCGCUUAAUGAUCCAGUGUUGAAAGCCCCUCGCUGUUCCAGACUGAAAGAGAACUGUGCUCCUGAUUCACACUCGCACUGCUGUGACCCUUGUGCUUCCUGCCACUGCCGCUUCUUCAAUGCCAUUUGCCGCUGCUGGAGACUGGGCCGUCCCUGUCAGAGAAAGACUUAAGAUAGACGCAGAUAAAUCAAUGUAUCGUGGUUUAUGGAUGGUUAAAUAAUCAUAAUAGUUCCUUAGAUUUACAGUUGCAAUCAAAAUUUUUCAACCCCCAUUGUAAAUCAGGUUUAUUGUCAAAAUGUACAGACUUUCAGCUGUUUGCGAUGAACAAAUCAAACAAAAGCAAUUGAAAUAGUUCAACACAAUGAAUGCUUCAAGUGGUUUCCACAAAUUCAACUGAAAAUGCAACUUAUGAUGACUUCUCUGGUCUUAAAAUUAUUCAACCCCUUCAUGGCAAACAUCUUUAGUACUUAGUAGAGCACGCUUUUACUGUUACGACCUGCUGCAAACGAGAUGCAGAGCUUCUGGCAGCGUUCCUGAGGAAUCUUGGCCCAUUCCUCAUGAGCAAUGGCCUCCAGUUCAGUAAUGUUCUUGGGUUUGCGUGCUGCAACCGCCUUCUUCAAAUCCCACCAGAGAUUUUCUAGGGGGUUCAAGUCAGGUGACUUUGAUGCCCCUGUAGAAUCUUCCAGAACAACUUCUGCAACCAAGCCUUGGUGGAAUUUGAGGUAUGCUUGGGAUCAUUGUCCUGUUGGAAGGUCCAAUGAUGCUCAAGCUUCAGCUUCCUCACAGAUGGCAUGACGUUUUCUCCUAGGAUUUCCUGAUACUUCAAUGAAUCCAUCUCGCCUUCCACAUGCUGCAGGUUUCCAGUGCCAGAGGAUGCAAAGCAGCCCCAGAGCAUCACCGAGCCACCACCAUGCUUGACUGUGGACAGUGUUCUUUCUUCAUUCUUCUUCCUCCAGACAUACCGCUGAUCCAUCGUGCCGAAAGUUUUGUUUCAUCGCUCCACAGAACAGAAUCCCAAAACUUCUGUGGUUUAUUUAUAUGAUUUUGAGCCGAAUUUUCUUGUGAUUUUGGGUCAGUACUGGUGAACGUAUUGGAGUUCUGGCAUGGAAACCUUCUGCGUUUAGUACGCACCUUACUGUGCUCACUGAAACCUCAAUUCCUCUUGCCACAAGUCUUGCUGCAGGUCUUUUGCAGUCACUCGAGGGUUUUUCACAACCUGCCUUCUCAGAAAUCUGGUUGCAGCCGUUGAUGGCUUCAUUUUUCUGCCCCGUCCAGAUAUUUCAUGUAUUUCCUGCCCCUAGCCAGUUCAGGUAUUUCAUGUGUUCCAGCUCAAGCACACCUGGUGCAAGUAAUGAAGCCCUUGAAUAGUUGCAUCAGGUGUGCUUGAGACAAACACCUGUUUUGCAUAUUUGUGCUGUUGUGAGGGAUUCUAUUCAGGGGUUAAAAUGAUUUCUCCCUUUUCAAAAUUAUUCAAGUUGAAUUUGGGGAAACCACUUGAAGCAUUCGUUGUCUUGAACUAUUUCAAUUGCUUUUGUUUGAUUUGUUCAUCGCAAACAGCUGAAGGUCUGUACAUUUUGACAAUAAACUUAAUUUGCAAUGGGGGUUGAAUCAUUUUGAUUGCAACUGUAUAUAGUGCUUUUCUGGGUAUUCGAAGCAUUUUACAUUGAUUGGGGGGGGAUCUCAACUCUUAAACCAGCCAGCCGCUUAAAGCACCAUUUAUUCAAAUGAUCCACAGCUUGCCCUUUGCCUUUAUGCACUUUGUAAGUAACCAUCUAUCAUCCAACUUGUAUGAAAAGUCAAGUCAAUAAUCAAGGUUAAGGCUUGUGCUUACAUUUGAAGAAUUCCUGCAGAAUUUAGCAGGAGAUUAAGUUGGUCUUACUCGACCAUGUGUGAUCGUAAAUUUGCUUGACGUUUUUAUCCAGUGCAAGGCAAAAUUCAAUCCAAGAAUAGAGCUGAGAUGUUUCAAGUUAAGAUUAACCUUGUGAUAUGGUCUCACAACCUUUCAGUCAUGAGGACAGAACCGUAACCUCUGACCAAUCACAAACUGAACAAGUAAAUGUGCAGAUUCACUUAUUCUAUAUAUAUAUAUAUAUAUAUAUAUAUAUAUAUAUAUAUAUAUAUAUAUAUAUAUAUAUAUAUUAGUAUAUGUAAUUUUAUAUGUAUAUGGGGCAAUGGUGGCUUGGUGGUUAAGGCUCUGGGUUACUGAUCAGAAGGUCGGGGGUUCAAGCCCCAGCACUGCAAAGCUACCACUGUUGGGCCCUUGAGCAAGGCCCUUAACCCUCUCUGCUCCAGGGGCGCUGUAUCAUGGCUGACCCUGCGCUCUGACCCCAACUUCCUGACAUGCUGGGAUAUGUGAAGAAAAGAAUUUCACUGUGCUGUAAUGUAUAUGUGAUCAAUAAAGACUCAUUAUCAUUAUUAUAUAUACAAACUUAUACUGAGAAAAUUUUGUUAAUCUAUACUCUGAUAAAAAAAAUAAAUAAAAAACAUGAAAUCUUCUGUUUC